UAAGAUUGUACACUAUUUAGCAUGGAACUGUGAAAUAUGGAUUCCUAUGUCCAUGUAAGUAUAAGUGAAUGUCUUUUAACUACAGUAUUGAUCUAUGAAAAACUGACCAAAAUUUUUAUUGAAUAUUCGGAUAAGUUAAUUCGUCAUCGGAAACUAUGGGGCUACUGAAAAACUUCAUCAACUGAUUCAAUAACUGAAUACCGGUUCACAUUAGGGACCCUUGAGUUCACAGACCCAGCCUUACAAAAUAUCAAAGCUUCUGAGGACCUCAAAAGAAAAGUAAACAUUGUUCUUGUUCUUCCUGAUUUUCAAUGGUUUUCCGGAAAAUAUGGAUUUCUAAUUCCAUAGAAAAAGAACCCUGAUAAAAAUACGUUAACCAGAAAAAGUCAUUUUAGUCAUUUUUAAUGCAGACCAAACUCAAAUUAUUGUAACUUCCUAAGAAUUACUUUAUUUAAUGUAACUUUAUUACAUUUUCUUUACAACCAAUUUCAGGCUUUCUGCAUGCCGUCAAAUCUAUUACGCUUCUUCUUUUUCGCAACACGAGCUGUAGCAUCCGCCGGUAAUAAUGCGACUGCAAUUUAUAUAACAGGUUUAUAUGUACCACGUAUAAGAAGUUUUGUGUUUGGUGUUAUGUCAACGUGUUUUCGUAUUGGUGUAUUAACAUCACCUUAUCUAGGACAAGUAUUUUUACAACGUGUAUCUGCGUUAGGUGCAGUAUUGAUAUUUUCAGCCAUGGCACUUAUCGGAUUUGCAUUUAGUAUAUUUUUACCACAUGCUGGUGAUAAAUAUUUUACUUCGACAAGUAUAAGUAAAGGUAUAUUUCGUAAAAUUUUUAAAGGUAGAAAAUUGAUGAAAACUAAACAGAAUGAUGAUGGAAUGAAAUCUGUGACAAAUCCAGCUUACAAAGACGAUGAGAAAACAAUACGAACAAUAGUUGAAGAGGUUAAACGAAAAGAUAAUAAUACACCAGUUGUUUUACCAGUUCAACAGAAUUUAAAUUCAACUAGCAUUGAAGAGGUUACCAUUGUGCCAAAUGAAUUAGUAGUAGUAGCAUUAACUCCACGUAAUCCAGUCUAA